GAGGGACCGGACCGUCAAGUGGACAGCUCUGGAGCGCGCCCGCCCACCGCGCGCCACUCCACACCGGCAGCAGCGCGUGAGGAUGAACAUGGCCAGAGAGCGGGUUGGCGAGGGAGCGAGGAAACCCUGCACGGUGACACACGACUAGUGCAACGAGGAGGCGCUCGACAAGAAGACAGAGAGAGAGAGUCGAGGGGGACGGCUGUCCGGCUCCUCUCUGCCCGCACUGAUCUCCGAGGCCCGUCCGGUGCCGGCCGGAACACAGUCGACCGACGCGGAGCGCACCAGAGCGGCCGCUGGAGCGGGAGGCUUCGGGGGGCACGGACGCCGCUGGAGCCUGUGACUGAGGAUCUGUGCAAGGACCCAUACUCAUUACUUUUCAAGUGGAAGUGGCUGCGUCCUUUGAUAGGACGGUGACCUGUUUAGCUGUCCAGCGAUGGAUUCACCCACAGAUCUGUUCGGUGACUCUGCUCCCCAGAUACAUGCAUUUGCCCCCACCCUCAGCUCGACAGAUCUCCCUGGAGUUCAUCCCCAGCCCAGUGCAGGUCGCCCUCCCCCUGCCUUCAGACCUCCCGCCUUUCCCCUCAUCCAUCACCUCCAUCAGCCCGGUGGAGCCACCAGGAGGACUGGAGCACAACCCAACACAAACCCCAGCACACACAGGCACCUGGAGGACAGAGACGUGGGGGAGGUCGGUGGAGGGAGGGAUGGACAGAGGGAGCAAGGGAUUGAGGGAGGAGAUGAGGGAGGCCUGGAGGGAGAGGACGGCUUGUUGGAGGUUAAGAAGAGGCACAGUGGUGCCGCCCUGGCAGCAGAGUGGAGUCAAGACGUCGUGAGAGUGAAGAGGAUGAAACUGGAGAGCCGCCUGAGAGACGGAGAGGCCGAUGGAGAGGCAGACGAGGGAGGUAGGAGGCGCGAGGGAGGGAGGGAGGGUAAGAGGCGAGAGAGGGAAGAACUGAAAGAGCAGCUGGAGGAGGCGAGAGAGAGACUGCAGGUCCUGCAGGAGAAGGUGUGGAGGGCUUUUGGAGAGAAGCACAUGGCAGAGGAGGAGAAGAAGAGGGGAGAUGGAAACAGAGGACAUGUGGGAGAGGGAGAUGUGGCGAUGAUGGAAGAGGAGGACAUUACAGAAGCGAUGUAUGACGAAGAGGAUAUUGAUGAUGGAGAGAUGGAAAAGGAAGCAUUUUCCCUGCUCUCUGUUUCCCCCUUUGAUAACUUCCACACCCACAAGCGCAGAGAAGAGAGGCAAAAAGACAGAGAAAGGAGGAUGGAGAGAGGGAGAGGAGGAGGAUUGCCGUUGGAGGGUAUAUUGGAGGGAGCAGGGUUGUGGUUGGACUGUGGGGGGCUGGUAAGAGGGGACUGGGAUGGGGGUAUCGAAGAUGAGGGCGAGGAGGGGGGGCAGAAGUUUGCUCAGGCGCUGAAGCUGGAACUUGGCAGCGCUGUGGCUCGAGUCAUCGACCGAGUCCUACGCCUCUACACCGAAACCACAGAUUUGACGCCUUCCUCUCCUCCCGCCGCCAUUUCCUUUCUCCCGUCCGAUGAAGGGAAUGACGGAGGGAGGGAGAGGGGAGUGUGGAUGGGACUAUUAACGAGGGGAAGGGGGGAGGAGAAGACGAGAAGGAAGGAGGAGAAGAUGGCAGGGCAGGACGGAGAAAGAGAGAAGCAGCUCCAAAAGAUGAGGAACGGGAGCAGCGGGCCUCCAGGACAGCCACAUCGCACUGAGGCAUCGGAUCUGACGAUGCCAUUGGCCGUUCAGCGGUCACCUGACAUACGAAAGUCUCACCCACUCCUCGGCCCACCUCUCUCCUCUCACCCGAACCUCUCCCUGCAUCACCCAUCUCUACCUCGCCCUCCCCCUCUCUCUCACCCUCCACUUUUACCUCCCGCGUCACAACCCAAGGACCCCUCCUCUUCCCAUCCUUCUUCCUCCUCGUCCUCUUCCUCCUCCUCAUCCUUCCUUGCGCCUCCCCCUCCUCCCCCGCCCCCGCCUCCCCCUCUCCCCCUGCCGCUGCUGCACUACUCCAUGCAGCAGCUCUUCUCGCGUGCGCUCCACCACCCCCAGCUCCCCCACCUGCCCCCGCCCCGCAAGGACUAUUUGAACUCCGACCCUUUCCUGGACUUCUCGUCUCACCCCUCCUUUCCGCCGCUCCCCUUGCUCGGUCACCUGGACCCCUCCCUCGCUCGACAUGCCCACGGGGGCAGAGAGAGGGAGAGGGGGAUGAGGGGAGAUGGGGGGAUGAGAGGAGGGGGAGGCAUGGAUGGAGGAGAGCUCUACCUGACAGCCGGGGGAGUAUACAGCCAGGAGGGCUUGUCUCCCUGUCACCUGAAGAAAGCCAAGCUCAUGUUCUUCCACGCACGUUAUCCCAGCUCCAACACUCUCAAGACGUACUUCCCUGAUGUCAAGUUUAACCGCUGUGUGACCUCCCAGAUGAUUAAAUGGUUCAGCAACUUCAGAGAGUUCUUCUACAUCCAGAUGGAGCGCUUUGCACGACAGGCUGUCCGCGAGGCUCUCACCCGGGAUGGUGCAGCUCGUCUGGGCAGAGAGAGUCAGCUGCGAGUGGGCCGUGACACGGAACUGUACCGCAUACUCAACAUGCACUACAAUAAGAGUAACAUCUACCAGGUCCCUGAGAGAUUUAUCGAAGUGUCCGAGGUGGCUCUGAGGGAGUUUUACUCGGCCAUUUGGACCGGGAGAGACAGCGACCCCUGCUGGAAGAAAGGGAUUUAUAAAAUCAUCUGUAAACUUGACAGCCCUGUGCCAGAUGCCUUCAGACUGCCCGGCUGUCCUGUCGGCUGACGGGUGAACUGCUGCGGUCUGGUGCAUGCAUACAAAUGCACAAAUCCAUGCACAGACGAACAUUUACUGAGAGAAGGGAAUAAUAUAACAGCGCUCUAUACUGUACAAUUUCAUUCAGUGCUACAGUUCAUAAUUCCUUUAUAUUGGGCGGGGGACAAAAGGUCAUUUGAGUUAAUAAAACGUUUUUAUGUGACUGUGUACAGGGACAAACACGGACUACAGCAGCCUGACACAGCUAGUGCUGUGAUGGGAGUCUUGUGACUGCACUUAUCAAAGAAUGUGACCGUGCCAUUGAAUUGGUACGAGUGGACGGGACAGGAAUUCCCUUUGCAAACAUUCUCCACCAGUCAGCUGAAUUGUGAAAUAGCAGUGCUGCGACACAGGUUUGAUAAAAUGGACGGAUAGCCUUUCAUAAUAAUAUCAUGAAAACACUCACGGUCACUGUAAAUGGUCGCCGUGAGAUGACAAAGGUGUUUGUUUGUUUUACAUGAUUAACUCCUAUGACCAUAUAUAUAUUUAGUAUAAGUUUUAUGCAUCCAGUCAGUAAUGAAAUACUGACAGCUGUUCACAAAGGGUGCUGCUCAAAUACAUGAUUCAAAUAUGGCCACAACCUAAAUAUAUAACAAGAUUAGGUGGUUGGUCCCGUUUCCCUUAUCGUCACUUUCACUUGGAGCAGAGUGCAGCGUUCAUGUGCUCUGAAAAAAAUGUCAUUUUUAAGAAAAAGUGGUAAUAUUUUAGUGUGUAAUUAACAAUCCUCCAUUAACUGCAACUAAAAAUUACACUUAAAAUUUCAGCUCUACUCUCCCUUUGGAGUUUUCACGGUUUAAUUUGGUUUACUGCGAGAUGAUUUCAAAAAGGAAGUUUUCAGGUCGUGGAUUCUUUUUGCUUGUGUAUCAGUCUGUUUAAUAUGACAUUAUUAUAAAGCUUUUGUACAUGAUGAAACAGUGUAAUCUAAUUGUAAUUAAAAUACUGUCAAGAGGGACAAUAUAUUGAAUUUAAAAUGGUAAAAUUAUUGUUUUGUUGUUUCAUGAUGUACUCUUACAGUUUAAAAAAUUAUGUUUUUGUAUUCCUUUAACAUUAUGCUAAAAUUGACAGGCCGUUUGAUCAGUUAGUAUUUAUCAAUAUUUGUUUCCAAAAGGUAUUGAGGAAACUUCCGGCGUAUCUGCCUUUGGUUGACCGUUCUGGCUUAAUCGUAGCUCUGCGAGACGAAGCCCAUAGGUAAACUAUUUGUGUUGUGUUUUCAAAUGCAUGUUUCCUAUAUUUCAAUUUUGUAUUGUAACCCCGUACGUUUCUCUCAUCGCUUCGAUCACUCUCUCUUUUAUAUUGUACAUACAAACUGUAUUCUUUAAUGUACUGUAUAUCUGUGCCUCACGCAAACUUGGUGAAUUUUGAUGUUUAAACUGAACAGUGAAUUAAAGUGAUACCAAGCUUG